AUGAACUGGCACGGUCCUUCGCUCAACAUGUUACUCUUGUGGGUGAUGUUGCUACCCUUGGUGGUUCCAGGUCUUGGUCUGGCUCCGUCGACGCUCAUUAGCCAAGUUUCUCUUUCCCAGCUGUUGGAGGAAGUGUCAAAGUUAAUGCAGACGCACAAAAUUUUGAAUUCCUCUGAAGAGAGUACUCAACAAAAAAUCGUGCCCUCCAGUGCCUGCACGGACGACCCUCAGACAGAAGACUGCAGCAAGGUUGUUGAAAAUGAUCUUUGCAUCGCGAAUUUAUUUUACGCUCGUUAUUGUUGCCGUUCUUGCACUCUGGCGGGAAAAAUUCCUGUGUUUGGGCCCCACCUCGACCAGAAGGCAGAAGCCGAACUGGAGGUCAAGAUUACAUCCGACAAGAAAAGAUAUUUACGAGGGAGUGAUAUAACCGUCACGUGUUUUGCCACUGGUUACCCUGCCCCGGAGAUAUUCUGGCUUCAGGACGACUCUGAAAUCAGCAGCGAAAGGAAACACCAAGAAAAUGUGACAGACCUCGGUGGAAUCCUGAGCCGGACGAUACGCAACGACCUCAUUGUCAGAAAUUACACUCGUGGAGACAGUGUCAAGUUUAAAUGCAUCGCAAUCAACCCCGUGGGCAUCAACAGUGCACAGACGGAGUUACGUAUUGACAACGCAGAAAUCAACACUUAUCCCAAUCAAGCCUUUUUCAAAAGUUCCCAGGAGGCCGUCGUCACGUGCGUCAUUAGGGGAACCAACUUAGGAAACUUGACUUGGAACUUAGGCUAUUCUCUCAGAAGGGAGCCUCAUACAGUUGUCGAAAACAGAUGGGAAGAAAACGGGAUGACGGUGAUUCAAUCCAACGUGACAAUCCAUGCCGCGCAGUUGUCGACCAUUCCGAAAACAUAUGAUAUCAAGUGUUCAUCGACAAAUAAAACCUACCGAGACCUGGGAGAACUCAAACGGGUUUAUAUCGUUAAAGAUGUUGAAAUUCCUAGCAACUGUACUGAUAGCAACAGCGAGAAAUGUUAUGAAAAUCGCCGAAAUUGCAACGACUUAAUGCAAGCGUUCUGCUGCAAGACAUGCACACUGAUGAAUAAUGCACAAAUGUCUUAUCCAUAUGACAGCUCAAAGGAUUAUAUGAGUGUCUCAACCUAUGGCCAAGCAUCGGCUGGUUAUGGCGGCAAAGUGACUAUAAAAUGCUUCUCAACAUGCUCGUUCGGGAAACAAGAUGUGAAGUGGUACAAAGAUGGGGAAGAAAUCAAUGACUCUUACGGUUAUUACAUCAAAGACGAGUUUCAACUGGAAUUGUUUCUAUGGCAAGGGAUAUCUGUGCUCACUAUCUCCAAUGUGAAAGUGAAAGACAUAGGUAGAUACACAUGUCGCGCCACUCACGGCCAGAGGACUGACGCAGACUACGUAACAGUGAGAUUUAAUAAUUAUGGGAAUCUCGAUUAUAUGUAAGCGACUCGAGGCAAUGUGAGUAAAAACCCUUCCUUCGGCCUUGAAACCAACGCCAAGCCCACCAUACCGUAUUUUCUACAAGAAAGUAUUCCUAAAUAUAUAUCUACUAACAAAAGUAAGCGCUACAUGUAAGGGUUGAGCCCAUGUAGACUGAUCGAAACAGUGAUGUGAAUUCCAAAAUCCCAAACCAAGAAUUUCAUGCGACCGCUUGUUUCAGCCUCAAGCGUACUUUUCACAUACUUGGAAAAGUUCUUGCUUUUCUUGGAUUUCUUGGAGUGUGUGUCGCCCCGAAGAAAAGGCCUUAAUUGUUAGGCCUCUGCGUUUUGCCUACUCUGUCGGUCUGUCCACUGUUGCCAAACCAGUAUCGCUUUCAAACUAUAUAUCUUUCUCUCAUAUCAUGCAUCUAGUUCUUAUUUGUAGAUGAUGAUGUACGAGGAUUAGUUAAUAGAUGAAUAAUUACUGUAGAAGGCAGAAGACAAAUAUAUGGAUGUGUUAUAAUAC